CUGGGCAGGAUAUGUCGGUUAUUCUUUGCUGUAAGGAAACUAGCGGGUGGUGUUGUGUCAGAAUUAGCGCUAGUCACACAGAUAAUCGGAGCUCCCAUUAGCUCGCAAAGCUAACAUUAGCCUUUUGCGACACUGCUGCACCUUUAACGGAGAUGGAGAUUUGAAACAAGAACAUUGAAGCUUCCACGCUGCUCGGUUCGUGUUUACAGCCGAGGGAGGCGUUAGUGGAAAUUAUAACGUUAAACACGGUAGUGUACAACAUAAUACACGCGUUGUAAGUGUUGGAAGCGUGUUAGCUCAGUUAGCCGUUGUUUACUGGCUGCUUCUGUUUGGGAUCGUGGAUGUUCGGCUAACCUACUUCAGUAAACAAAACUAAUCCUGAGAGAUCACUGUCCAGACAGGACUGUGGAUCUGAACAUUAACACCACCUCAUGUUCUUCAGGGACGACAGGUGACACGCGGUAUGUUUGGUGCUAACCGGAAGAAGUUUAUGGAGGGGGGGGUGGAGAGCGACUACGCGGACGACUCCAGCCUCUACUACAGCCAACAGUCCAUGUUCCCUCCUCACCGCCCUGACAAAGAUAUGCUGGUGUCUUCCUCUGCUUCCUCAACGGGUCAACUGUCACAGCUGGGAGCCAGUUUAUAUGGCCCGCAGAGUGCUCUGGGGUUUCCCAUGCGAGGUAUGAACAGCAGCGCAGCACCUCAGUUAAGUCGAAGUGGGCUCAACCAGUCUGCCAGCCAGCUCUCCAGUCAUGCCAGUACACCCAACGCUGGCACAAUGCACACACCUCCCUCACCGAGCAGGGGUAUCCUGCCCAUGAGCAGCCGGAGCGUGCUGAACCACAGCCAGCAGGUGGGGGGUCCGACGGGUCAGGCGGGAGGGAUGGGGGUAGGAGGAGAGAGGGGAGGCAGCGGUGGAGGAGGAGGCAGGAGCGGCAGCAUGGGGAGUCCCAGCCGCUCGUCACCCAGCAUCAUUGGCAUGCCCAAACAACAGCAAGCACGGCAGCCCUUCACUAUUAACAGUAUGUCAGGGUUUGGGGUGAAUAGAAAUCCCGGCUUCAGCUUGAACAACUCGUUAUCCAACAACAUCUUCAAUGGCACAGACGGCAGUGAGAAUGUGACGGGGCUGGACCUGUCGGAUUUCCCAGCGUUAGCAGACAGGAGUCGGAGGGACGGAGGCUCGAAUCCCACCCCACUGCUCAACCCGCUGGCCGGUCGGGCUCCUUACGUUGGCAUGGUAACCAAGCCGUCCAGUGAGCAGUCGCAAGACUUCUCCAUCCACAACGAAGACUUCCCAGCUCUUCCUGGGCCAAACUACCAAACAAAAGACCCCACCAGCACCAGCGAAGACAGCAAAACGAAUCUGAAUUCAUCAGGAAAGCCCACCUCUAACUCAGAUGGUCCAAAGUUCCCUGGCGACAAAAGCUCUGCGCCUAGCAACAACAACCAGCAGAAGAAAGGGAUCCAGGUUCUUCCCGACGGGCGCGUGACCAACAUCCCGGUUGGCAUGGUAACAGACCAGUUUGGGAUGAUCGGCUUGCUAACGUUCAUCCGGGCGGCAGAAACGGAUCCUGGCAUGGUCCACCUGGCGCUGGGCUCCGACCUCACCACACUUGGCCUCAACCUCAACUCACCUGAGAAUCUCUAUCCUAAGUUUGCGUCUCCCUGGGCGUCGGCUCCGUGUCGACCGCAGGAUAUAGAUUUUCACGUCCCCUCAGAGUAUUUAACCAACAUCCACAUAAGGGACAAGUUAGCAGCUAUCAAGUUGUCUCGGUAUGGUGAAGAUCUGUUGUUUUAUCUCUACUAUAUGAACGGAGGAGACCUACUACAACUACUGGCUGCAGUAGAACUCUUUAACAGGGACUGGAGGUACCAUAAAGAGGAGCGGGUUUGGAUCACCCGGGCUCCAGGUAUGGAGCCCACGCUGAAGACCAACGCCUACGAGAGAGGGACCUACUACUUCUUCGACUGCCUCAACUGGAGAAAAGUGGCCAAGGAGUUUCAUCUGGAGUACGACAAACUAGAAGAGCGGCCUCACGUUCCCUCCACGUUCAACUACAAUCCUGCCCAGCAGGCCUUCUGAUUGGCUCUCCCUCCUCCUGCCUGCCUGCCAUUGGCCCUCCUGGCUCAUCAGUCACCCCCCUCCCCCCCUCCCUCCCCCAGGUUUUUCUCACCUCCACACACUCAAAGAGAAUCUGGCCAUUGAGGACUCGGGACAGGAGAGGACGUCCUGGCUCCUGUUCUCUUAAACACUUUCUGAAUAGACUUUAUAAUUUUAACUUUUCUGAUUUUUCUUUGUUCUUUACCUCAUUUUCCUUUUUUUUUAUUCCCCACCCCUCCCUCCAUGGGUUUGGUUCAGUUGGUCUGUAAUGUGGAGCACAGACUUAAUGUCAACAGACAGCACAGUACAUCAAACACAGACACACACUGUAAAUAACUGUCCAUCUGAUCGAGUGAUUCAUGUUUCUAUUCAGUCUUAAAAAUAAAACGACUAUUUUUGUCUAGAGAAGCUUUUAAGAACCAGAUUUUAACACAGGAUUCAAUCACCUGUCAGGAUGGAUAAUUAUUUCACAAUGUGUCAAACAGAAACUGAAGAUAUUUAUCUUUUAUUUUUACCAGGUUUCUCCAGCAUUACAAAUCAGAACACACAUCAGCAGACAGUGGACAGUCAGGAGAGGAAAUGCAAUGUACAUUGUAGCACUAUUUCAUAAUAAAAGGAGAAAAAUAUCUUUUAUUUUUUUGGUUUGUGUUGAUGUGGCAGCGGCUUUGAUUUUAACGGAUCAGCUUUUUGGUUUUUAAUCCAUGUAGGAGAAAUAGAGUGAAACAAACACCAGCGUAUUGAACAGAUACAUGUGUUUGGUGUUUUGAACAAACUCAGUUAGUAUUCAUUCCUCAUGAAUUAUCUCUUCAAGGAUAAAGCUGGUGUUGAACUUAUGUUUUUCUUAUUGUCAAAAAGACCCAAACCAACAACGUCCGUCUCUCAACUCUUCCCUCCUCUGUCUCUGAGCUCAUUGGUUCCUACUUAAGACUUGAAUCUUUAAAACGUUAAAAGAAACGGCUGAACACUGUAGUUUUCACCAAACACACGGGUGGAAAUAUUUGUUGGCGACUAUUUUCAGUGGCGGAUUAAUCCACUGUGAUUUCUCCAGUGAGUAUUUCCUGUUUUGUCCCAGAAGUGAAACGAAACCUCCUCAUGACCUCGUGGUCUCUGAAUGUAACAAGUAUUCGACAGAUUUUGUGUUUGAGCAUCGAAACAUCUUCAUUUAACAGCUCAUUUCUGUCUGGAAUUAAAUCUUAGCGAGGAUGCAA